AUGGGGAUAGGUGAUGGGAAGUACGGGUCGGUAACCGACAUUUCCGAUCAACGUCGGCGGGCGAGCGACAUCGACCAUCUCGAACACCAUACCACCACCACACUACAACCCAUCUCCCCGCAUAGCGACUCUUCUCACAUAAAUCCACGCAUAUUGGCCAUUUCCAAGGCAGCAAAACAGAUCCAAAUAGAAAAGGUGAUGAUGAUACUCACGGAAAAUAAAGCCAACGAUAAAGAAGGAGGUAUAGUUGAUUCCAGUAGCCGGCGGAGCAGCAGUCGGACCGUUGAGCAACACGGGCAAAUUGACGUAUUUGAGCCGAGUGUUGGGGAACCGUCGUUGAUAGUACCACAGAGGAAAGGGGGCAAGCGCACCGGCCAACAGGGCCCACAAGAACACAUUAUAUCCUUUACGACGCUAAACAGCCACUGCUUGACGCCAAUCUGGACGACGACCGAGAUGCACGAUGCGGCGAAUUGGACCAUGAACGUGGUUCGUGGGGAGAUGAGAAUGGCCCAUAAUGAGUUUCUGAGACGUACCAUGUUGGCGACAGGGUUGCCUGGGAGGAUGGCUCCAGGAAUGAAUAAAACGGACUGUCUGGCCCGUGACCGCAAAGAUGAGGCCGGCGGGGAGCAUGUACACUGCAGGAAGGAGGACGGCCAAAAAGAGAUCGAUCCAGAGGAGGAAGAUAUCCAUGCCAAGUUGAUGAAAGCUUAUCCUGAAGUGCCACAUUGGUGGUACUGGGGUCUUGUCGUCGGGUUUUUCAUCAUUGCUUGCGUUUCAGUCCAGGUACGUGCAAUCGUGAUAGAGAAAGGUGCAGUUGCUAAUGGGUUUUGGUUUAGGCCUGGCCGACUCAUACUCCUAUUUAUUUACUCUUUUUGGCC